CGAUUCGCUCGAACAGACGAAGUUAYUCACUAAUAUUUUGACAUUUGAUUAACUAAAAGUUAUUAUUGUUUUAAUCUAAGUGACACUUAAAAAAACACAGCCCAGAAAAGCCGUUUCCGCUCAGGCAGCGUCCUUCCUGAUGUGGGUGUGGACGCCGACAGAUGACUGACCACACAAAAAUGGAGGAAACGCAGCAGAACUCUCUCUGCCUGUCGAGAUUAGUUUAAUGUUGAAUCGAUUUUUAUGGUGUUCCUGUUGUAGCUGGCAUGCUGUGUCAGGAUGGGAAAUCUGUUCGGAAAGAAGAAACAGUCCCGAGUGACGGAACAAGAUAAAGCCAUUUUGCAAUUAAAGCAGCAGAGAGACAAACUGAGGCAGUAUCAGAAGAAAAUCGGCCUGCAGCUAGAGAAGGAGAGACUUUUGGCCAAACAGCUACUGAAAGAUGGCAAGAAAGAGAAAGCACUUCUGCUGCUGAAGAAGAAGCGAUACCAGGACCAGCUCCUGGACAAAACCGAGAACCAGAUCAGCAAUCUGGAGCGAAUGGUUCAGGACCUGGAGUUCGCUCAGAUUGAGAGGAAAGUCAUCGACGGGCUGAAAGUUGGAAACGAGUGUCUGAAGAAAAUGCACGAGGUGAUGUCCAUUGAAGAGGUGGAGCGGAUCAUGGACGAAACCCAAGAUUCCAUUGAGUACCAAAGGCAAAUCGAUGAGAUGCUGGCUGGAUCGUUGACUCAGGAGGAUGAAGACGCUGUUCUGGCUGAGCUGGAGGCCAUCACUUUGGGAGACGUGGAACUUCCUGAGGUUCCCUCUGAGCCGCUGCCAGAAGCUCCUGAGAAGAAACCAGUUUCAGAGAAGGACCGACCCAGGAAGAAGACGGAGCGAGAGGCGCUGGCUGUGUAGAAACAGAACUGGUCCUCACAGCCGUCCACCUGCGGAUGUCUCCUCGGGUCAGACGUACCGAGACAUCCGGCAGCAGCUGCAGGUCCACUCGUGAAGCCAGAACCGGUUCACCGACAGCACCCUGUGAACCUCACAGACCUGCAGUGUCAGAUAAUUGUGCCUAACUUUGGUUGAACCGUUUAAACACGCAGACCGAAUCUCCUUUUAAAUCCUUGAAAUUGUGCAAUUUUAAGGGUCAGUUCACUCAAACAAGACCAACUUAACCUGCUUUUAUUAGCUCAGAUUUGUAAAAACUGACAGGAAGCUCUUUAUUUAAACCAGUUUAUUGACAAGUUCAGUCAGCAGGGAAUCUGUAGACGCAAUCUUUAUUUCAUAGUUUGAUAACUAAAAGUGAAAUAUUUAUUAAUUCUUAACAUGGUGACAUGAAGAAAACACUUUAGUGUUAGUUUCACCUUUAAAAACAAAUAAUUUAAUGUGAUUUCAGAUGUUUAAAAUAGAACAUUAGUGCUGCACUUGUGAGGAAAUGUUCUCCCUAUAAUUUGGGUGAACUGACCCUUUAAUUAAUGCUCUAUUAAAAACAUAAUCUGGUUCCUGUAAGACUUUCCUUCAGCCAAACUGAAGAUCUGCAGCUGAUUUGUUUCAGCGUCGUCAGAGAAAACCCCACAUCAGACUCGGACUUUUAAGUUAGAAACCCGGCAGAACMUGGCUCCGCAGCCACAGAGUGUUAUCAGCGCUGAGGUGAGCCGGUUUGUGGUUCUGCAGCAGGAAAGAUGGCCUACAUCCACAGGGUUUAAGCUCCUGCAUCUCUGAAGAUCAGCUGAACUAAUCUGUAAAUCGUUUCAAGCUCUGACGACUCAAAUCCGCCGAGCCGCAGCGUCAAACUGACCCGCUCCGAGUUGCUUUAAAAUUAUCUGUAAAUUCUUUUUACAAUAAAGUUUUUUUAAUCAAUU